UCAUGAUGCUGCAGGGGACAAAUGAGACCCUGCAGUGAUGGGAGCCAAUCAGUCCAGCGGCAAAGUGCACUAACCUUAGUUAACCUCCCAAAAAUUUCUAAAUUUCUCGAGUGGAAAGCUCCUGAGCUGGCGCGUUGAAUUGCUUGAUUGAUUGAUGAUCGCGACGGAGGGUUGAGUUUGUUCGACUUCAAGUUCACUCCCACUCAUUCUCCGACUUCACUUCUUGUGUUAUAGCAUUUGUUUGUCUUUCAUUUCAAGAUGAGGGGAUACAAAGCAGCGGCAGUCCUGAGCGACAGCCGCCUACUCACCUCCAAAUGCAGUGGCCGGUUCAUGGGCAUCUGCUCCCAGGCUUCCGGCUCGCAGCCACAGGUGCAAUGGAGGCAAGCUCCGGUGCAGAUCGAGGGUCGCAGAUAUUUUAAUGCCUCGAGACCGAGGAAGGCGGCGGUUGUAAAUGCUGCCGCUGCUGCCAGUGCUGCGUAACUUGAGAAAGGCCGCCGAAGAUGCUGCCAAUCUGACCCCCGAGGCUGUCUUCGCCAAAAUGAGCCCCGAGGAAAAGCACCGACUAUCCAAAGUGCGAAACAUCGGCAUUGCUGCCCACAUCGACAGUGGCAAAACCACCGUCACCGAGCGAGUCCUCUUCUACACCGGCCGCAUCAAGGCUAUCCACGAAGUUAGGGGCAAGGAGGGUGUUGGCGCCAAGAUGGACUCCAUGGAUCUGGAAAGAGAAAAGGGUAUCACUAUUCAGUCGGCUGCCACCUUCUGCGACUGGAAGAAGGUCGAAGACAACAAGGAGGAAACGUACCACAUCAAUCUGAUCGACACACCUGGCCACAUCGAUUUCACCAUCGAGGUCGAGCGAGCUCUGCGUGUCCUCGAUGGUGCCGUCAUGAUUCUGUGCGCCGUCAGUGGCGUCCAGUCCCAGACCAUCACAGUCGACAGGCAGAUGAAGCGCUACAAUAUUCCCAGAAUCAGCUUCGUCAACAAAAUGGACCGAAUGGGCGCGAACCCGUGGAAGGCAGUCGAGCAGAUCAACUCCAAGCUCAAGUUUCCAGCAGCCGCCAUCCAGAUCCCCAUCGGUACCGAGGACCAGUGCAAGGGAGUCGUUGACUUGAUCGACAUGAAGUCCAUCUACAACGAAGGGCCAAGGGGAGUCAACCUCCGUGUCGAACAGGGCGUGCCCGCCGAUCUGAAAGAGUUUGCCGAGGAGAAGCGACAAGAGCUGAUUGAAAAACUGGCCGACGUCGACGACGAGAUGGCCGAGAUCUUCCUGAACGAGGAGACCCCCACCCCCCUGCAGAUCAAGGCUGCUAUUCGAAGAGCCACCAUCGCCCUCAAGUUCACUCCCGUUAUGAUGGGAUCUGCCCUUGCCGAUAAGUCAGUACAGCCCAUGUUAGAUGCUGUCUGUGACUAUCUUCCUCAGCCCGCCGAUGUCGAGAACCUGGCACUUGACAAGUCCAAGGGCGAGGCUCAGACCAAGCUCGUGCCCUACAACUCUCUACCAUUCGUUGGUCUAGCCUUCAAGUUGGAGGAGAACAACUAUGGCCAGCUCACUUAUAUUCGAGUCUAUCAAGGCACCCUCAGAAAGGGUACUUACCUCUUCAACUCCCGUACCGACAAGAAGGUUCGCAUUCCUCGUAUUGUACGAAUGCACUCCAAUGAAAUGGAGGACGUCGGCGAGGUGGGCGCUGGUGAGAUUUGCGCUGUAUUCGGUGUCGAUUGCGCCUCAGGUGACACCUUCACCGACGGAAAUUUACCCUACACCAUGUCUUCCAUGUUCGUCCCAGACGCUGUCAUGUCGCUUUCCAUCAAGCCCAAGAAGAGCACAGACGCCGACAACUUCUCCAAGGCCAUGAACCGAUUCCAGCGUGAGGAUCCUACUUUCAGACUUUUCGUUGACGAGGAGAGUGAGGAGACCAUUAUUUCUGGUAUGGGUGAACUUCACUUGGAAAUUUACAUUGAACGCCUCCGCCGAGAGUACAAGGUUGACUGUAUCACUGGUCAACCGCGUGUCGCUUACCGUGAGACCAUCUCUCGUCGUGCCGAUUUUGACUACCUCCUGCGAAGACAAUCUGGUGGACCUGGUGAUUUCGCCAAAGUUGGCGGUUGGAUCGAGCCUAAUGCCGACGCGGAAACCAACCAGUUCGAAAACGCUGUUGUUGGUGGUGUCAUUCCUGACAAGUUCAUCUCGGCCUGUGGCAAGGGUUUCGAAAUUGCUUGCGAGAAGGGUCCUCUACUGGGUCACAAGGUCAUCGGUGCCAAGAUGGUUAUUAAUGAUGGUGCUACUCACGUUACCGAUUCUUCCGAUUACGCUUUCUCCCUGGCCGCUCAGAUGGCUUUCCGCAAGGUCUUCGACGAGGCUGGCGGUGCAGUCCUUGAGCCUCUCAUGAAGACAACCAUCAUGGCACCAAAUGAGUUCCAGGGCAAUAUCAUCAUGUUGAUGAACAAGCGCAAUGCUACCAUCAUUGACACUGAGAUUGGCAGUGAGGAGUUCACUCUCAUUGCUGAUGUCAGUUUGAAUGCCAUGUUCGGUUUCUCGAGUCAAUUGAGAGCUGCUACUCAGGGCAAGGGCGAAUUCAGUAUGGAGUUCAGCCACUACGCCGCAGCACCACCGCAUUUGCAGAAGGAGUUGGUCGCCAAGUACCAGAAGGAGCUUGAGGAGAAGAGAUCCAAGUAAGGAUUUCGCUAAGCUCGGCGAGGCUUUGCAACCUGAUCUACAUUCAGGGUUCAAAUUCAAGUCGAAAUGGGAAAAGGCCUGAAUCAAAU